CUUCAUAAAUUCCCCUCCAAUAUUAAGAAAACAGAGGAAACAGAGCAUCAAACAUGCUCUGUUUCUCUGAAUUCCAAUAAAGAAACAUAGCAACCACCCCCCCAUCACAAUUUGAAAUAAAUGCGACUCCCAGUUCCAAAUCCUCAAAAUCCCAAAUGGCUGCUCGUUAUAUUUCUCUUCUUCUUCUCUCCCUCCUUCUCCGAAACCACCCUUUUGUGCGGCUCAUCAAAUCAGGACAGCAGACCAAACUUCAUUCCAAAUUUAAUUGUUGCAAUGAGAGAAGUCUCCAAGGGAGUCAGUGAAUCAAAAUACGCAUUCCAUUCUGUAAUUUCGCCGGAUCCGAGCAUCUUCACCUAUGCCCAAUGCUUUAACUUCCUCUCCCAGAAUGAUUGCAUAGCCUGUCACAGCGAGAGCCGAACAGAGCUCCCCAGAUGCCUUCCAGCCAGCUCGGCCAGAAUUUAUCUUGACGGUUGCUUCCUUCGUUAUGAUGUCUAUAAGUUUUAUGACGAGGCAAUAGACAAAGGCAAUGAUAUGGUGAGGUGUGGGGGUCCCGGAAAUGUUACCAUAGAUCAGUACAUCCGACAGGAGUUUAAGGAAAGGGUUCUUGGAGUCGUUCAGCGUGUGGUUAUGAUUGCGUUGAAGAGCAAGGGGUUCGCAGUGUAUGAGGAUGAGAAAGAUGGGAAUCCUGUUUAUGCAAUGGCUCAGUGCUGGGCGACACAGAGCAUUCGUAACUGCAGCAAUUGCUUGUCCAAUGCAGUGAGAAAGGUGAGUACGUGCGCGCCCGCCACGGAUGGCAGGGUUAUGAAUGCUGGUUGUUAUUUAAGGUAUUCUACGGAGAAUUUCCUUAGGAGUGACACAUUGAUUAAGGGAUCAGAGGCGUCUUGGGUCACCAUAGCAGGCAUUUUGUCAUCAAUUGCCGUAACUUUGAUUGCUGUCGUUGGUGCUCUAUUAGCCUAUAAGAAAAUAUCAAAGAGGAAAAGAGAGCGAAAAAAUCUUGGUCGCAAUCCAAUUUCUGUGGACAAUUCUGAUUUGAAUUUCAAGUAUGAAAUACUGGAGAAGGCCACCCAUUCUUUUGAUAGCACGAGGAAACUAGGCCAAGGUGGAGCUGGUUCUGUUUUUAAGGGGACUUUCCCUGAUGGGACAAUUGUUGCAGUUAAAAGAUUAUUCUUCAAUACGCGGCAAUGGGCGGAUGAGUUCUUCAAUGAGGUGAACUUGAUCAGCGGCAUUCAACACAAGAACCUUGUUAGGCUUUUGGGUUGCAGCAUUGAGGGUCCAGAAAGCCUUCUAGUUUAUGAAUACCUGCCCAACAAAAGCCUCGAUCAAAUCCUUUUCGCUAAGAACACGUUCCUUCUCCUAACCUGGCAGAAGCGGUUUGAUGUCAUCUCUGGAAUAGCAGACGGCCUUGCAUAUCUUCAUGGAGGUUGUGGCGAAAAAAUAAUCCACAGAGACAUAAAAUCCAGCAAUAUUCUCCUUGAUGAGAAUCUUACUCCAAAGAUCGCUGAUUUUGGACUUGCUCGAUGUGUCGGGCAAGAUAAAUCUCAUGUUAGCACCGGAGUAGCAGGAACACUGGGAUAUAUGGCUCCUGAAUAUCUUGUUCGAGGACAGCUAACAGAGAAGGCAGAUGUUUAUGCUUUUGGAGUUUUGGUUCUGGAGAUUGUUUGCGGUAGGAAGAACAGUGUUUUCACGCAAGGGUCAAGUUCAGUUUUGCAAUCCGUUUGGAGGAAUUACAAGGCAAACAAAAUUACUGAAUCUGUUGAUCCCGCCUUGGAAGGCAUAUACUCUGUGAGAGAGGCAUCGAACGUGCUUCGAAUUGGGCUUCUUUGCACGCAAGCUUCUGCUGCACUAAGACCAUCCAUGUUUGAAGUGGUUGAGAUGCUAAGCGAUGAAGAACGUGUCAUCCCCUCACCGAAACAACCUCCAUUCUUGAAUGCUAGUGUCCUCAACUUGGAUGACACCACCACUACUUAUCCCAUGAUCAGUUCGACCUCAUCCUCUAUGGCAGCUGAAGUGUCCACUUUUUAUAGUGCCAAGUCUGCCACUAUGGACAUUCUUGGAUCAAAUAGCAUUUCAAGAUUUCGAGCAUUUGAGCCGAGCUAGAUUGACAUCAAAUAAUUCUCUGAAGAUUGGAGGAGAAUGCUGAAUGCCGAUGUAGUUUCAAUAAAAGUAGGCGGAAAUAUAUGCCAUCUUUAGCAAAAGAUAAGGACCCAAUGCAACUGUAUUUAUGUAAAUCUACUCCAAGUUCGUAUUUUUGAUGAAGUGGGAGUUAGAUUCUAGCCGAUGCAAUGUCAUGAAGCAUCGAAGAUAGGAUGUUUUGGUAUUUUCUUUUUUUACUGAGAAAGAAAAUGGAUCAUAU